CUGCAGAGCACUCAAAUAUUUUGGGGUUACCCGUGAGGGAUGCUGUCUGACGGCUAAUACCAGCCGGGAUGUGGAACAUUAUAUCACACGUUAAGUACUUUCAAUCGAAAGUAUGUUGGCCUAGUUUUUCAACAAAACAUUUGCAAAUAGUUGGGCAAUUAUGACAAGCAAACUGGAGAGCAAAGCGUGGAACAGCGUAUACUACAGGAUAUAGACAAUGAAGGGGUGGAGGAAAACAAUGCCUUUCUCAUUGAUGUCGAUGUUAUACGUGGAACGGUGUUCGCUAAAAACAAGCCCCGUCAUGGUUGGUUGCACGCCCUAUCACUCGGAAUCUUACGAGCAGCGUUCGCGCCUUUCUACUGGGAAUAUUGGCGCAAACACCUGUCGUUUCGUUGGACCGCCUAUAUAAUGUUGCACUUCAUUCUACAGUUCGUGCAGGCCGUUUGCUUUCUGUUGAUUGAUGUGGACAAAAGUCGGGGCUCACAGGAUGAUGUGCUUGUCCCAUGCCUACUUGCCGUAUGUCUUGGUAUUCUGCACACACACAUAACUGCCAUUCAUCCCGGUGGGGGCAAUUCAGCAAGCGCAGUCAGUGAAGGUGACUCCAAAUCUUAUAUCUCGACCCGCGUCGGCAAUCGUUCCACUUCACUUGAACCUGCCGAAGAAACUUGGGUGCCAUCUGACAGAAUGGCCAGUAGACAUCGCUCCAAGCCAUUGAUUUCUACCAAUGUCGGUGGCAGCAAUAUCCCUGCACACACUGAAUUGAGUGACAGUCACCAAACACCACCAUUUUCUGCACCUGCAUUCGAUCUGAUUGAAUCAGCUCAAUUGGUUCCCGAACAACCAAUUUUCCCUGCUCCGUGUUAUCCUACCGUCGAUAUUGUGGGUGUGAACGACCGCAAUAUUUUCCACUGCCCAACUACAAGUGGGACGUCUUUGGUACCAACGAAUCUUUCUGUCGGGGCUCACACUGUUCCCUCAAGCUCGAUUCAUCUGUUAUCUGAAGAUACCGCACCAACUGCCUCGCUUCGUUCACCCUUGAAACAUGAUCUCGGAGCUCAGGUCUCCAGUGGUCAACUCGCACUGACUGAAGGGGAUGAAGAUGAAACCGAAGAAUCCUGGCCGAUGCAACCUUUAGCCGGUAACCCCCAUGGCGCUUCAGUGGCUUCUCACUCUGAGGAACGAAAUUUCGGCCACGUUUACCCCGGCCCAGACGGUGGUGCGUAUCCAGUAGAAAACAUACCGGAUGACCUUGUUUUCUGCGUUACAGGUGAUGUCUUUAAGAAGAGCCCAUUAAGAAGACGGAGAUCAUCGGGGACGUCUACAAAGAAACGUAAGCUCUCAGUUCCGCUCCCGAAUACAGCUUUGAUUUCUGUGCAAACCGCAAACUCUGCAUCACCCGUUCUAUCUCCUUCUGGAUCGACACCCCUGCUCGCCGAGGUCAACUCUGUUUGGUAUGAUGGUAUGUGCAACGCAGCUUCUUCGUUCUACGAAACGCAGUCCAGUUUUCUGAGUGGUCAUCGUGAAACUUUGUCACCCAAUACGAGUAAUAAGGACUCACCAGUAACUUCAGCAGGUGGUGUCACGCCCGAAGUUAAGGCGGUUGUUCUCAAUGGUACUGAACAUAGAACCGAUGAUGCAAACGACUGGAAAUUCGCCAACGGUCCCACUGAGAACGAUCACAACGGGGAUUCGUGUGACACGCUGAAAGAUCCUGUGGUGGAGGUCGUGGAUCGAAAUUGCAUGUCUAAGCGCCGGCGCUCUUGGUCUGUUGGUUUUCCGGUGGAGACAGCAUUGGGUAUUCCACCACUGCGCUUCGGAUCUGUGUUCUCUACGUCUAACUACUUAGUCUCCAUGCUGACGGACGAUAGUCGAGCACACUCUUUAUCGAACUCGAACACUGGGGCGCUUCUACCUAUAUCUCCCAGGUACUUACCCUUGUGGUUGCGUUCCAUUUCACCAAACAUGCCGUUAUCCCCGACUCUCAAAUCAUCGCAUUUGUUACGAUUCUACUCGGAGGAUCUGGAUCCUAACCGCCUGGCUAGACAGUCGCCUGUGUAUCGCGUCACCUCUUCUAGCGUCACUGUAUCAUCAAAUGGCUCAACUUCAUCUGCCGUCACUGAAUGUGAGAAAAACCAGUUUCGCGUGGACAAUCGUCUGGAUAUGGAAUCUUUUCAUGGUAUCGGGGCAGGUCUGAAUGCCAAUCCAGUAUGCGUCGUCAGUCCACCCCCUGGUCACAAACCGUCUGCUUGUGUUUCGAAAUUCCAAACCGAUUCCGACGAACUUCAACCGGUCGAUGCUCAUGAGGUGCCACACGAACCGGGAAUGAAUCUCAGCAAGUCGCUCAUGAAUUUAUCGGACGGAUUCGACGAUACCUGCGUUCCUUACCGUAGUUCGAAAUCAGUAACGGUUUCUCAGCAGAAUACUUCAGUGAACAAUGGUUCCUCACCCAUCUCAUCGGUUCCACACAGAAAGGAAUCCCCUUACGUUGGUAGCAAUGAAGAUACCUUCACCGCUCAUAGUCGUCAACGCGCGAAGUUUCUACGGCUUUUUAUUCAGCGUGCAAGCCUUAGCCAAAAUCAUCACCGCAACUCGCAAUCUGGUCCUAGCCACUUACCAAAGUUCCAUCGCCUUUCUACGACAGGCCAGCUUUCGCGUUCCACCAAUGUACUGAAUCUAAACAAUGCCUAUUCUGAGUUCGACUUGGCGAUAAACCAAGAAGUCUCAGAUGUUCGUAAUGAAACAGAGGACUUGUCUGCAAACCAGUGUGAGCCGAACGGGCUUCCUGACUCUCAACCAGACGGGGUUCGCAGCAAGCCGACGACAACACAUACUAAGCACCCCACAUUUGCGUCGGUUUCAAAGAAAGUAUACCACUUGCCAAAUCACUAUCGGGUGUCCGGUGGUAAACUCCGAGUGCCUUCAAGUUUCUCCCGUGGUCAGACAGCAUCCGAGACUGAGUUCGAUCGACUAAAUAGUGAUGUUGGUAGCGACAUAGAUUCGUCUUCAGGUCCAGACGACGUGGAACCCAUUACAACAGCUAGCCCGUGUGCUGUAGGAUCGGCUGUCUGGUUCGCUGAUGCCAACGACCGAUCCCAACGCCCAAUCAACUUGGGCCCCGAUCACUAUACCAGUUGGUCUUCGAUACCCAAGCCGCGUCCUGUGCGGCGAACCAGACAUCCGUCCGGUGCGGUGAACAAGUGGCUGUAUAAUAGCCGUAUACCAAAACCUCAUUUGCCCCCUAAGGAUAUUGGUGAAUCAGGCGAAUCCGGCUCUGGUGAAUCUGGCGCCCGAGAUGUUUGGGUCGAGCAAGAUCGGAUUACUGACUCGGCAGAGUCCUUGGAACGCCUACCUCAACCUGGUAAUUCACUCUCAAAUGCGGAAGAAAAUCCUCGGUUUACACACGGAGGCCAAGCGAUAAUCUCCCGGAUAGAUGAGCUGCCUGACGAGAGUCUCUUCACUGGUGCGCAAUCCACGUUCCCAGGGCCUCCCAGGGCUCCUUUAGAAACUAUACGGGACAAAUUUACUUACAAAUCUUCCAUGACCAAAACGUUUUCCAGUCAAUGGUCUCCACGACCCCAUAUGUGCAAGGAUACAAUCAACUGCUCAGUCUGGGAAGGUGAUAAGAUGUCCAAAUUUAACCUGAACAUGUUGGAAAUUGGUUGCAGUGUGAUUAGGGCCGUCGAACGACAGGGGAUUUCAUCUGACUACAUUGUUUUGGCUUGCUUAUCUGCUGCAAUCCUUCCGCUUCUGUCGGUAACAUUUCAUUGGAACCAUUCGCAAUCGCCCAUUAACGGACAAAACUCCACACUUGAGGCAUUGUCAAUUGUUGAGGAAACCCAAACAACGUUGUCCGCCUCGCUGUCUGCCGACUCCCAGUUACCGACAAUCCUUAGUGACAGCUUAUUGGGAAUGCACCUACGGGUUUUGUUCUGCGUGGCUAGUCGAAUAUUAACUUUUCUAACGAUGCCGGUACGUUGGUCAAUGGACCUCGUGGGCCUAACUGAUGGACCGGUUGCUCUUUUGUCAGCGCUGUGGCACGUUAUCAGUGGUCGGUGGAUCCUUUGUCUGUUACAAACGCCUGAUAUCCAAGGUCGUUUGGUGGUGCUUCUUGGAGUAAUUCUACGGUUCAAUCUUUAUGCUGUCAUCUUCUUCGUUCUGUGUAUUGCUGAACGAACCUUUCAGCAGCGUCUUUUGUACGCCAAAUACUUUUUCUCCCUGACAUCGGCUCGCCGCGCGCGCAAGUACCGUGUACCGCAGUUUCGUUUGAACAAACUCAGUCAUGUCAAAUGUUGGCUGACACUUCGAUCCUACUUGAAAAAACGUGGUCCCCAACGUUCCGUGGAGAUGAUCAUUGCUGCAGCGUUCUACAUCGUGUUUGUCUUUGGCUUGGCAUUGUGUUCCCAGCUUUUGUCGAAAAAAGAGGAGGGUGUUUUUUCACAUCUGGCCAACUGGGACAUACUCGGACUGACUCUGGCUAUUAUGCUCUUUCUACAUCGUUUCAUCAUCUUGGGGACGAAGAUUACCAAAAAAUAUCGCAAUUUCUCCGUGCUAAUCACCGAACAGAUCAAUUUGUAUUUGAACAUGGAAAAGAAGCCGCACAAAAAAGAUGAACUCACAUCUACUUUUCAAGUAUUGCGCCUAGUUGAAAGCCUUCUCAAAGAGGUGGAUGGUCCUUUCCGAGUGUGUGGCUGGACGGUGAAUCCGCUUGUAUACAACAUUUUCAAACUAGUCCUUCUUUCCUGUUUCUCCUCAUUGUUAUCGGAGACGUUGGGAUUCAAGCUGAAGUUGUACAAACUCAAGCUCAAUGCAGCAAAUUGGUAGUUGUCUAUGUACCGGCUUGCUUUGUACAUUCCAUCCCGGUUGACUAUCUCGCCUGGAAGGUCGUCGCGGGCAACAAACAGACGUGGAAAUGAAUGGUUUUCUCUGAUGUUUUUGACAUCUACAUGAACUAGCAUUUCGUAUGCAUACAUUUGCUCGUAACGCCCCCAUUGGUUGCAUGUGAUAUCGUCCUUGCUACCGCGCUCCACUUCAGUAGGCCUUCUCCAGUUGAACCAUGGCCAUGAACUCAUCACCGUUGAUAGCACUAUUCUUUGGCUACACUCUGCCACAUAUGUUGUAUUCGUUCUGUUGGUCAGUACCGAUGUUUCGAACCACUUAUGUCUCGUAUGUACAUUUUUAUUUUUCCAUCUGUCUGCUCACAGAGUGAUACUUGUUUACAUUAGAAAUCCAAACCCGACAUAUUGGCUUUUUAGUCCAUCAUCCAUGUUUUCUCUGUUCUUUUUGGUUGCCUCUACUUGACUCUUCUCUUCUUGAGUUCCAGUCAGCCCCUCAAAGCUUCUGUGUACGUGUG